AUGAGCUUCCACUUGUCCGCCGUCGACAUCGACCUUGAAGAUGGCCAUAUCCUAAAAGCCACUCUUACAAUGGGAGAUGGAGAGGAGGUGAAGUCCGAGCUGGAUCUUAAUAAGUACAUUGGCAAUAACAAUGGUUCUUUUGAGUGGGAAGGCGAGAACUUCAAGGACAGGGCCGAGGACAUCGAGUUCUCCUGUGAGCCCCGUGAUGAUGGCGAGGAAAUCCCCGUACUUCGAGCCAACUUAGGCAACCUUGAUGGAGAGAAAGUGUCCGCAGACAUCAAUUUGGUGGAGCGUAUUACUAAUGAGGAUGGGCAUUUGAAGUUUGUUGAAUAA